AUGGGAAUUGGUUUACUGUCAAUCCUGCGUAAACUGAAAAGCACUCCAGACCAGGAGGUGAGAAUCCUCCUCUUGGGACUGGAUAAUGCUGGCAAGACCACACUCCUGAAACAGUUGGCGUCUGAGGACAUCAGCCACAUCACACCGACACAGGGCUUUAACAUCAAAAGUGUACAGUCUCAAGGCUUUAAGCUGAACGUAUGGGACAUAGGCGGACAGAGGAAGAUCAGGCCGUACUGGAGGAACUAUUUUGAAAACACUGAUAUCCUUAUCUAUGUCAUUGACAGUGCAGAUAGGAAGAGGUUUGAAGAAACGGGUCAGGAGCUGGCUGAGCUUUUGGAUGAAGAAAAGCUUAGUGGAGUCCCCGUGCUCAUAUUUGCUAACAAGCAGGAUUUGCUGACGGCUGCCCCUGCUUCAGAGAUUGCCGAGGGACUGAACCUACACACAAUCCGUGACAGAGUCUGGCAGAUCCAGUCUUGUUCAGCUCUUUCAGGAGAGGGAGUACAGGACGGCAUGAAUUGGGUGUGCAAAAAUGUCAAUGCAAAGAAGAAAUAAAGCAUUCUGAGCUGCAUGGAAAUGGAGGAGCGGUGGGAGCAGAAUUCUAGCCUGAAAACACUAAUUUGCUGCUUUCUGACCAAAUGUUUUUCCAUCUGUGCACAGCUACAGCUGUUAAAAGGAAAAAAAAAAAAGAAAAAGAAAGGGAACAACAUCAGCUAAAACCUGCUGCUGGAUUUGGAACUUGACCUGCUCUUUAGUAUCAUUUUUUAUCCCAAUAAAGGAAUUAUAUAUUUCUUCCCUAUACAUAAAUAGUAUUAAAUGUCUGAUUAGCAAGCAAGUUUGUAAGCAGAAGCAAGACUGUGAUUCAGUGUGGAGCAGAGGGAGUGGUGAGUUGCAGUAAUUGCUUAGAUGUUCAUAGGACCUGCCCUAUACAUGUGUGUUUGCGGUUGCUGAGGACACUCAGGUGUCAGUCACAGAUUUCCCUCAGUGACAGAUAAAAUGCGGUUUUGCUAUCAAUUGUGAGUAGUUUCUUAAAAACGCUGCUAAGAAGUCAUUUGUGUAAUGAGAGUAGAAGACUUCCACAUAUUCCUAUAGCCAUAAAAGAGGAGUUUGAUCAUAACGAGACACUGUUGCAUUGCGACACUGCUGUAGAAGGAAGAGAAGGGUUAUGUGUGUAUAAUUGAAGCUCUUUACAACUGGAGUAAUGCAGGAUGAGCGUGCCUAGGGCUUUUCUCGCAGCUGAAGGAGAAUUUAGCCCAGCAUUUCACCUUGAGCCAGCAAAAUCGUGGUUCCUCUGUUCAGUAAGUUCCAUAUGUGAGAUUAGUCUUGAUGUUGAACAAUCCCUGUUGAGUUUCCCUUGAUGUUAAGGCAACUCUGCAGCAAAAUGCAAUUAAGUCCAUGAUUACUUUCUAGAAUGAGAUACCCGGUCCCAGGUUUCCUUUGCGAAAUGUGCAAAAUAAACUCUCCUACCCCGCUUGCUAUCCGGGCGUUGCUUAGCCCUUCAGGGGUGCUCGGGAGAUUGCCCUGGUGCGGGCUGACUGCGCAGGGCCUGGGAUCGCCCUAACCCGGUACCACUUGCACGUUGCCCGGCAGAGGGUUAGGAAGCUGAACAGCAGAUAGGAAGCGCUCUUUAAAAUGAGGAUUCAUUCAUUCUUCCCUGAGCUGUCUUUCCUCUAAAAGGAUGCAGCCGAUGAAAUAGGAAAGAAUGUUUUUUCCACCUCCUCAUCCCUGAUUCGAACCUAGCCCCAGCUGACAGUGAGCAGGAGUCAUUAGCACGCCAAAGCAGCCAUGUCCUGUGCAAAGCGAGCUUGGUGACUUCCUGGGCCAGUUUCUAAUGCACAGAUGGCAAAAUAAUCCCGCUGCCCUGCUUGCCAGCUUUGUUUGCUGCCUGCCUGCGAAAGGCCAAAGAAUGACUAGGGACUGCAUUAGCCCCUUCCACCUCUUGGAGACGGACCGGCGGGCAGGAUGGGGAAAGCUGCGUGUACUAAAGCAUGUGGCUUUACCACGCGUCAGCGAGUUGACUCAUGGACCCAGGCAGACGGCUGACACCCCUGGAGCUCCCAGCUCUUUGCUCCUCCCUUCCCCUGGCCCUCUCCACCUCACGGCAGAAACAUCUGCACCGUUCGUGAAGCAGCUCCUGGCCGCCUAUGUGCUACAGCCCAGCAGAUUAAAAUCAUCUGGGGCUGAUUCCAGGUUCCCCCGUACAUCAGGUUGUACCGUAGUGUUGCGGGGGUUGUUCUGCAUGUAGUUCAGCUGUCGUUGCUGUGGCUAGGGGCAGAGGGACAGCUGGGACAGCAACUGCUUUAGCAAUGCAACUUUAAUCUGCCUGUGUCCGUGAGUCAGCACCCUCUGAGUGCAUCUGUCUCCAGUGCUGAAGCAGGAUGUGCAUACUGGAGUAAUAUAGCCUCCCUUUAAAAACCGGAAAACUAGGAGGGGAAGAAAAAAAAAAAAAAAGCAGGCUCAAGUGAUCUGUUAAGCAAUAGCUAAUGACACAAAGUGACACGGUUCCAGCUUUGCAUGGAAUGAGUAAGGAGUCAUAAGAUGCGGAGAGAGAUUCAUUUACACGUAGCUCGUUCAGUAACUCUCCAGCUACAUUAGCUUAUCAGGAACCCCAGGAAUCUGAACAGCGUGUGUUCCGGCGGCUAGUGAGCCGGAGGAGGAGAAAGGCAUCCCAGCAUGUGUAUGAAAGGUCCCCUUUCCUUGUUAGUAAUGCAUCCGCCUGAUGCAAGCGCUGUAAAGAAUUGCAGCCCUGUCUCAAAGGUACGCUUUGUGCUAGCUAGGUGGCUAAAUGCCGAAUUUUGUGACAGGGAGUCCCAGACCUCAGAUUUACCCUCGCUGCAUGUUAGGUGCAGAGUGAGAUGCUUUAGUACCUCUCCUCUGCCCCAGUUACAGCAGAGCAAAAUCCCCUGGGGGGCUCUGGAGUUGAUCCUUACCGCUUGCAAGGGGUUUGAGUUGGGCACUUCUCUGCUCUCUGUCUACUUCUCUAACGAGUGGCAAACUUACCCUGUGAUAGCCAGCCUGCGUCACAGUUAACUUUUUACAUCCAAGAAGCAUCUGGGGGAGUAAUUGGGGUUUUUUUUUCCAGGCUCACGUUACUGAAACUUGGAAAUGUGUGUAAAAAGACGUAGAAUAAAUUUCCUGUAGCUCCAGUUUGGAAAGAAAAGUUGCCUUACUGAACUCAGGAUCCAGAAGUGUUGGCUGGCUCAUUUCGUAUGCUCAUGUGUAGCUACGCAUAUUGGUUGCUCGUGUCCGUACCACCCAGAGCUUCGCCUAAAAUCCAGCCGAUGAAUGUGGUCCACCUGAGCCCGGCAGUGUGAGAGAGGACGUGGCGCAGAGAGCCAUGCUGGGAGGCUGAAGGUGGAGGGUGGGAAUGACCACGAUUUAAGUAAAUCAUCCUUCAGUGAUGGCUGUAAAUGCUCUCUGUAUUGUAAACAUAUCUCUGUGCAUUGACCUGGUGAAAACGUAAAUGGUUUUGAGGCUCUGUUCGCCUGCCACUCCUUAUGUGAACGUAGGUACAGCCUGCUCUACCCUGUGCAGCGCCUGGCUGAAUAGCACCUGUAAAACUGGUUGCAGCAAGCCAGAACAUCUGCUGUCACUGAGAGAAAUCCGUACCCCUCUCAGCCCUUCAGAUCCUGUUUGGUUUAUGCUGUGUGAGCAAGGCUUUGUCCUUCUAACUCUGUCUGCUUUGCCCUCUUUUAAGUAAGAUUGGAGGGAAGCAAACCAUCUCAUUGGUAUGGGUGGAGCUCUGCCACGCGUUGCAUCGAUUCAUAGAUUUUUAAAGCCAGAAGGGACCAUUACGUUCCUCUCUUCUGACCUCCCGCAUAACACAGCCCAUUAAAUUCCCCCCAGCAAGUCUUGCAGCAAGCUCGGGGACUUGCGGUUGAAUUAGAGCACCUCUGGUAGGAAGACACCCAGCCUUGAUUUAAAGGCUCUCAGUGACAGACAAAUCCACCCCAGGCCUUGAGAAGUUUGUCGCAGGGGUUAAUUCCCUUCCCAAGGGGAGGUUGUCGUGCUUCACUUUCACGUCAUUAAAUCUGGUUUUACCUUUGUGAUAGAUUAAAGCCGCCUCUCCUGCCCAUUUGUGUUCUCUGGAGGGGAAAGAUGAUGGAGAAGUGAAAUUCUCCAAGGGCACAUCAGGAAACGUGGGUUCAAGUCCCUCUUCCAGCAGCGGGCGUCUGGAGUGGGGACUCGUGUCCUCGGCUGUCUGCCGCAGGAUUUUUCACCCCUCGUGCGGGCUUGAUUGAGAGAUUUCUUCCCUUGCCCUUGGAGAACGCUGACCAAAGCCUCGUGCAAUGCUGUCGCCUUUUCCCUGCGUUCCCAGCGCUGCUUCUUGCACGUUAAUGAGUUUUUUCUCCUUUGAAAAUGCAACCGAUCACUAGACUUGUUUUCUUAACUCUACUGGGAUGAGACCAGCCCACGCAGACGCGUACCCUACCCUACAAGGCACUCUCCGAACUGCACACAAAUGGGCUCUUUCUUCUGCAAAGGCAAAAGAUCGCUGCUGUCUCCUUCGGCUGCAUUCCCUGGUCCAGCUGGGUCCACACAAGCUCUUUCUUUUAUGUUCCCUUUUUGAAUUUCACCAAAAAGGGGUAUUUGCAAUAUCUGGUCAUGUUGUUACUCAAUGUAUAAUUUAGAUGUCUUUGUCACAAAAUAAAUAAAUUAAAAUUUAGUAGAAAGCCA